GUGGGGCGGGGGUCUGGAAGCAGUGGGUCUGGGAGCAGUGGGUCAGGGGUCUCUGACAUGGGCAUUCAUUUCUCCCCCCAUCGCCCCCAGGCUGCGGCGAGAGGAUUGAGAACACCAUGGAGGCUUUUACCCACGCGGUGGCCCAGGGGACCCAGCUGCUGGAGCUGGACUGUCAGCGCACGCGGGACGGGGUCGUGGUGGUGUCCCACGACCAGAACCUGCAGCGCCAGGCAGGCCGGGACCAGAACAUCCGGGAGCUGAACUAUGUGGAUCUGCCCCCCUAUAGAGACCCCCUGGAAGUGACCUUCUUGCCCGGCGCCUUCUCCUACGGCUCUGACCGCCGCAUCCCGCGCCUGGAAGAGGUUUUCCAGAAAUUCCCCAACGUCCCCGUCAACGUGGAGAUCAAACAGGACGACGAGGAGCUGAUCCGGCAGGUGGCGGAUCUCGUCCGGCGCUACCAGCGCUCCCACAUCACCGUCUGGGCCUCCUUCCAGAGCAAAAUCCUCAAGAAAUGCAGGGCAGCCGUACGUCUGUCCGACCCUCCCGUCUGUCCGUCUGUCCCACCCUCCCUCUCUCCCGUGCUCCUGUGGGUGCUGAACGAGGACGAGGAUUUCGAGGAGGCUUUUAGCUACGGGGUCUCGGGGGUCAUGUCCGACUACCCCGCCCUGCUGCGCCGCUACCUGGACACCCACCCACCCCCCGGGCAGGACGAGACGGACGAGUGACGGGGCUGCUGCCCCUUCCUGGGGGUGCCUGAUGGAGGGUUGGGUGGCUCUGCCCAUGGUCAUUCUCAUCGCUGGGGUCUGAGGGUCGGGAGUGAGGGGCACCGGGGGCU